ACAGGAUCGUAACCUGCUUUGAUUGCUGCUGAUAUGGAUCGGGGAUGGAGCAAUAUGACGGAGACGGGUAUGAGUGAACGGCAACCGGCUCAGGCGUAAGUGUCCUGCCCCUCUGCGAGCAUGAGAUAAAGACCAUAUGAGGCUCGUGUAUCCCCUCUCUUCCAUUCCUGCCGCUGCUGUGCUUCUAUACAUUGAAAGUGUUGCAAGCAUAGCUUCUUCAGGUGGCUUGUACUUGAACUUGUCCGACGAUGCUCGCCUCGCUACUCUUCCUCGUCCUUGCGGCUGCCGUUGCUGCUGCCGCAGGACCACGUAUCAAGACACGGGCUGAUGGCGACAAAUACCUCAUUGGCGUAGGAAAAGCAGACAUAACUGGACCGGUUGUUGAGAUUGGGUUUGCGGGCUACGCCGACCUCGCUCAGAAGGGAACCGGGCUGCGACAGCGCCUGUACAGUCGCGCCUUCAUCGUUGGAGACAUCAACAACUCCGAUGACAGGUUCGUGUAUCUCGUCCUGGAUGUGCAGUCUGGCGAUACGGCGAUGCGAUACGGCAUCCUGGAGGCGCUCGAAGAACUUGGUGAUGACUAUGCCAUGUAUGGCCAGCACAACGUUGCCGUGACUGGGACACAUAGCCAUGCUGGGCCGGGUGCGUGGUUCAACUACUUGCUGCCGCAGAUCACAACCUUUGGGUUCGACAAACAGAGCUACCAAGCAAUCGUCGACGGCGCGAUUCUGUCCAUCCAACGAGCGCAAGAGAGUCUGCAAGAGGGCUACCUCGAUGUAGCGACAGCUGAUGUCGUCAAUGGCGCAAUCAACAGGUCUCUCUUCGCAUACCUGAACAACCCCGAAGACGAGCGCAACCGGUACGCGGACAGCGUCGACACCAAGAUGACUGUUAUGAGAUUCCAACGAGCGUCCGACAAUAAGGACAUAGGCGUGCUGACCUGGCACGCCGUCCAUGCCACAUCGAUGCUUGGUAACAACACGCAUGCUGCUGGCGACAACAAGGGUCUCGCGUCGUGGAUGCUGGAACGGGACAUGAGUGGGAACGACAAUGCGGCAGACGACUUUGUGGCGGCGUUCAGCCAAGCAAACCAUGCGGAUACUUCACCGAAUGUGCUGGGAGCAUUUUGCGACGAUGGAUCCGGAAUGGAGUGUGAUUUCGAGCGAAGCACAUGUGCCGAUGGAACAGUUGAAGCCUGUCACGGGCGUGGACCAAAGUUCGAGGCGCUAGACCUCGGGGUUUCUAGCUGCUACGAGAUAGCAACUCGACUGGCGUCUGCAGCCAAGGAGGCCUACGACUCCUUUGGCCCGUCUUCGACCCCCAUCGUUGGUUCCAGUGUCAAGUCUUUCCACUUCUUCCACAACAUGAGCUUUUGGGACUUUACGCUGCCCGAUGGAAAAGCAGCGCAAACCUGUCCUGCAGCACUGGGCUACUCCUUUGCUGCAGGCACCUCUGACUGGCCUGGCUUGUUCGACUUUUCGCAAGGUGACUCGGGAGAUCCCGAUGCCAAUCCUUUGUGGGCUGUUGUCAAGAACCUCCUGCGUGAGCCCAGUCCCGAGCAAGAGGCAUGCCAGGGCGAGAAGCCAGUGCUGCUUGAUAUCGGGGAGAUGUUCACUCCCUACGCGUGGGGUCCCAACAUUGUCGACAUUCAAGCCUUCCGAGUUGGCCAAUUCGUCAUUGUGACGAGUCCCAGUGAGGUCGGGACAAUGGCAGGCCGCCGAUGGCGCGAGGCCGUGGCUGCUGAAGCUGAACAGUUUCUGGACGAGGAGCCAAUCGUCGUGCUGACAAGCCCUGCGAACACAUAUGCGCACUACUUGACCACGCCGGAGGAAUACGACGUCCAGAGGUACGAGGGCGCGUCGACACUCUACGGUCGCCAUUCUCUGGAUGCCUACAUCAACCUGACCGUGAGCAACCUCCAGUAUCUGACCCCGGACGCAACAGAGCGUCCUGCGCCAGGCCCUCCCGCCCCGGACAACCGUGAAAGGGCUCUGUCGUUCAUCACUGGUGUAGUCACGGACGGCGCGCCAAUUGGCCAGGCAUUCGGCAGCGUUCGUUCGCAGCCGGCAUCUUCCUAUGAUCUGGGCGACGUUGUCAAGGCCACCUUCCAAGGGGCUAACCCGCGCAACAAUCUUCGGCUUGAGGGUACUUUCGUGGCCGUGGAGCGCCUGGAUGGGGACACUUGGACGCAAGUGCGCGAUGAUGCUGAUUGGUUCCUCGUGUAUACGUGGAGGAGGACGAACUUUGUCCUAGGAUACAGUGAAGUGGACGUAACGUGGGAAACGGGUGGUAAUGCAGAGCCAGGCACAUACAGGUUCAAGUACUAUGGCGAUGCAAAGAGCCUUCUGGGGAAGAUAACGGCUUUCCAGGGCACAAGCAAGAGCUUUGAGUUGAGCUAGGGAAGCGCCUCAAUGCUUCGACGCGAGGAGCUCUGGCAGAUAGUUAGUCAUCCCACAAGCGCACGGUUAACGAACAAGUCGAUAAUAUGCGACUUUGAGGAGAAAUGCACCGUGCACACCGCAUGGCAGAACUUGUAUGCAUGUAACAUGCGCACGACACCACAGGUCCUGCAAUGACUGGUCAUGUACUUGGCCGACCGGUUCAUGCGGCAGUCCUCUUUUGUGAAUCGUUUUUGACGCACAGAGAACGACGGUCGCCAAUGUACCUAGCCGAUUCUGACAGCCUGCUUGAUCCGCGGGUCAACCUACCACACAAAGCUGAUUGCUUGUAUUGCGUAGGCGGGCGCUUCGCUCAGGAGUGCGGCAUAGUGCAACGACAACGACGAUAGGUCUGCGGUGUGUCACACGC